ACUCCAGUAACCCUGACUCAUUAUUUGUCUCUCUCUCUCUCUGUGACUACCGGGCGUUCAACGAAUUACUCCAUCACUGGCUGGAUCCGAGAGCCCUGCCUCUUCUCUCAUUGGACUGCACGGCCAAGCCAAGCUGUCAGGCCAUGUGGCGUGGCUAGGCACAAUGUGAGACAUUUAAAUUCAUCAAAGAUACACGGAGGCUAACGUUAUCCGUAUCGAGAGUGAAAGCUCAGAGGCAGGCAUUCCUCCCCACAGUCAGAGGAACAGCACCUGGACGACACAGGAAGGCCUUUUGCCAGUGUGAUGACUUGCAGUAAUUCAGCAUGGAUGACAUAGUUAUAGCAGGAAUAUCGGGCCGUUUGCCCGAGUCCAACAAUCUGGAGGAAUUCUGGGAAAACCUCAUUAAUGGUGUGGACAUGGUGACAGAGGAUGACCGGCGGUGGACACCAGGUCUGUAUGGUCUUCCAAAGAGGAAUGGUAAACUGAAGGACAUCAGCCACUUUGAUGCAGCCUUCUUUGGAGUCCACCCGAAACAGGCACACACCAUGGACCCCCAGCUCCGUCUCAUGCUGGAGAUUGCCUAUGAGUCUAUCGUAGAUGCAGGACUGAACCCGGCCACACUGCGUGGCAGUAAAACGGGUGUCUACAUUGGGGUGAGUGGCUCGGAGGCUGGCGAAGCAUUCAGCAGAGAUCCAGAGGAGCUCCUGGGCUACAGUAUGACUGGCUGCCAGCGCGCCAUGUUGGCCAACAGACUCUCUUACUUCUUUGACUUCAGCGGCCCCAGCACUGCCAUUGAUACAGCCUGCUCCUCCAGCCUGCUGGCUUUAGAAAACGCCUUCCACGCUAUUCGCCAGGGCCACUGUGAUGCUGCUCUGGUGGGGGGAGUUAACCUGCUGCUCAAACCAAACACCUCGGUGCAGUUCAUGAAACUGGGCAUGCUUAGUCCUGAGGGGACCUGCAAGUCCUUUGACUCAUCAGGAAAUGGAUACUGCCGUUCUGAGGCAGCGGUGGCAGUGCUACUGACCAAACGGUCUGUAGCUAAAAGGGUCUACGCCAUAGUGGUCAAUGCUGGCAACAACACAGAUGGAUACAAAGAGCAGGGUGUAACAUUCCCUUCAGGUGAGAUGCAGCAGAGACUGGUUCGUUCUCUUUACCAGGAGGCAAAUAUAAGUCCUGAGCAGGUGGAAUAUGUUGAAGCCCAUGGCACAGGAACAAAGGUCGGCGACCCACAGGAAGUGAAUGGCAUUGUGAGUGUGUUCUGCCAAUCAAAGCGGGAGCCUCUGCUCAUUGGCUCUACCAAGUCCAACAUGGGCCAUCCAGAACCAGCCUCUGGUCUGGCUGCACUAGCUAAGGUGGUGCUUUCUUUGGAGAGAGGAGUCUGGGCUCCCAACCUGCACUUCAAAAAUCCUAACCCUGACAUUCCAGCCCUCACUGAUGGUCGGGUUCAAGUCGUUGACCAGCCUAUUCCCAUCCGAGGCGGCAUUGUAGGCAUUAACUCCUUUGGAUUUGGAGGUUCAAAUGUUCAUGUGAUCCUUCGUCCAGCUGAGAAACCAGCUGAUGCAAGUGCACUGCCCAGGACGGUUCCCAGGGUGCUUCAGGCCUGUGGACGGACAGAGGACGCAGUGAAGGCUGUUCUCCAAAAGGGGAAGGAACAUGCUGCAGAUGACAGCUUCCUGUCUUUACUCAAUGAGGUUUCAGGAGUUCCAACUGCUAGCAUGCCCUACCGAGGCUACACUUUGAUUGGCUCUCAGAGUGACGUCAUGGAGGUGCAACAGGUGCUGGCCACUGGCAAGCCACUCUGGUACAUCUGUUCAGGUAUGGGAACACAGUGGGCAGGUAUGGGUCGCAGUCUCAUGCAGCUGCCAGACUUCAGAGAGUCUAUUCUGCGGUCAGACAUAGCCCUGAAGGACACCGGCCUGGUUGUGUCUCGCCUGCUCAUGGAUGCAGAUGACACCACCUUUGAAGACACUGUCCAUGCAUUUGUUGGCCUCGCCGCCAUACAGAUAGCUCAGAUCGACCUGCUCACUAAGCUGGGUCUGCAGCCUGAUGGUAUCAUAGGACACUCAGUGGGAGAGCUAGCCUGUGGCUACGCUGAUGGCUCCCUCACCCACAGUGAAGCCAUCCUGGCUGCCUACUGGAGAGGCCGCUGCAUCAAGGAGGCCAACCUUCCUCCAGGAGGCAUGGCUGCAGUGGGGUUGACCUGGGAGGAGUGUAUGGCUCAAUGUCCUAAUGGAGUGGUUCCUGCCUGCCACAAUGCUGAGGAUACUGUCACCAUCUCCGGUCCACAGGAAGCAAUCAGUAAGUUUGUGUCUGAGCUGAAAGAGCAAGGAGUCUUUGCCAAGGAGGUUCGCAGCGCUGGUGUCGCUUUCCAUUCGUACUACAUGGCCUCCAUCGCUCCAAUCCUGCUGGCUGCCCUGAAGAAUGUGAUCAAGGAGCCAUGUCAGCGUUCAUCCCGCUGGGUGAGCACCAGCAUCCCUCAGUCAGAGUGGGACUCUCCUCUCGCUCUGUACAGCUCAGCUGACUACCAUGUCAACAACUUGGUGAGCCCUGUGCUGUUCCAUGAGGGUCUCAGUCUGGUGCCUGAAAAUGCUGUUGUGGUGGAGAUAGCACCUCAUGCUCUGCUGCAGGCCAUCCUGAAGCGUACCUUAAAGCAUACAUGUUCUAUCCUCCCCUUGAUGAAGAGAGGCCACACCAACAACCUCGAGUUCUUCCUCUCAAACGUUGGCAAAAUCUACAUGAACGGCAUCAACAUGGAUGGUAACAGCCUCUGCCCAGUGAAGUACCCUGUGCCAGUUGGUACCCCUCUGAUCUCCCCCUUGGUGCAGUGGGACCAUGCUCAGACCUGGGAUGUCCCUAAGGUAGAGGAUUUUUCCAGUGGCUCAGGAGGAGCGAAUUCUGCUGUCAUCUAUAAUAUCGACAUAAACCCAGAGUCUAUAGACUACUACCUGAUUGGACACUGCAUUGAUGGGCGUGUCCUCUACCCAGCGACGGGUUACUUGGUACUGGCUUGGCGUACCCUGGUGAAAAGUCUAGGGGUUGUCAUGGGAAGCACCCCUGUAAUCUUUGAGGAUGUCACCAUCCACAGGGCCACCAUCCUGCCAAAGACCGGCCUUGUCCAGCUGAAGGUGCAUCUCAUGCCUGCCACCAACAAGUUUGAGGUUUCAGAGAAUGGAAACCUGGCUGUCAGUGGCAAGGUCAGCUUGCUAGAGGAUGCAGCCCUCGAUUCAUUCCACAGUCAGAUAAGUCAGCAGGCUGCCAGCAAUGAUGGUGACCCCAAAAUGAAGCUUACAGCACAUGAUAUCUACAAAGAGCUGCGGCUGCGCGGCUAUGACUAUGGAAAGACCUUCCAAGGCAUCUUGGAGUCCAACAAUGCAGGAGACAGCGGGAAACUGCAGUGGACAGGAAACUGGGUGACCUUUCUGGACACCAUGCUGCAAAUGAUUGUGGUUGGGCUGUCGGGUCGUAGUCUGCGUUUGCCCACCAGGAUCCGCUCAGUGUGUGUUGAUCCAGCUGUCCAUCUGGAGAAGGUCUGCAGAUACACUGAUGGAAAGCAAGCCAUUGAUGUCCACGUAAACCGCUGCCUUGACAACAUUAUUGCUGGUGGAGUCCAGAUCUGCGGACUGCACGCAACUGUGGCUCCCCGCAGACAGCAGCAGCAGAGUCCCCCCACCCUGGAGGAGUUUGUGUUUGUUCCCUAUGUGGACACAGAGUGCCUUACAGCCAAUGGAAAACUUGCAGAGCAGCUGAGGCUCUGUAAAGGUUUAAUCAACAGACUGCAGCGGAAGUUGGCUCCUCACGGUGUCAAGCUCAGCAUCCCCGGGCUACAAGGGGAGUCAGACGGCCCUCUUCCCAGCCCCGAGCCUUCUGAGCCCAGCCUGGUGCGGCUGCUGGCCCUGCUCUGUGGCCUGGAGCUGAAUGGAAACCUUCGCUCAGAGCUGGAACAGACUGUGGAUAAGGAGAAGGUGUGUCUGCUACAGGACAGCCUGCUGCAGGGCCUGCUAGACAACCCAGCCCUCAGACACUGCGUGGACAUCACCAUAGAAAACAGCAUGCCCGGCAAGAUCAAAGUGCUGGAGGCUUUCUCCAAUGAUGGUCAGCUCUUCUCUCGCAUGGUAUCUCUUCUCAACAUCCAGCCAAUGCUGCGUGUGGACUACAUUGCCACGGCAACCAAUCUGGACCUUCUGACCCCCCACCAGGCCACCCUUGAGGAGCUGGCGGUCACCUCAGCUCAGUGGGACCCACUGAUGGGCCCGGCCCCUGGAGGUGUAGUAGGAGGGGCAGACCUAGUGGUUUGUAACCACGCCUGGGCCCCUCUAAAGACAGACCCUGGACUGCUAUUGGCAAAUCUGGCUUCCGGUGCCAAAGAAGGGGGGUUUGUCCUCCUCCACACCCUAUUGAAGGGGGAGACUCUGGGGGAAACCGUUGCUUUCCUCUGCAGUACAGCUCAGAGCGCCAGCAGCCAGCAAGGACUGCUCACACAGGCUGAAUGGGAGAGGAUGUUCUCUGAGGCCUCCCUCAGCCUGGUGGCUGUUAGGAAGUCUUUUUAUGGCUCCGCCCUUUUUCUGUGUCGCUGUCGGUCUCCUGGGAAACAGCCCAUUUUCAUUUCUGUGGACAGCACCAACUACAUGUGGGUGGAAACACUUAAGGAAAUGAUGGCAGAGUCAUCAGACUGUCCAGUGUGGUUGACUGCUUCUAAUGCCCACUGUGGCAUUGUGGGAAUGGUCAACUGCUUACGGCAGGAGCCAGGUGGCAACCGAAUACGGUGCGCAUUUGUGUCCAAUCUAAGCGAGUCCUCAGAAGCACCAAGCCUCCAGCCAGCCCAUAAGUCCAUGCAGUCAGUACUUGAGGAGGAUUUGGUUAUGAACGUUUACAGAGACGGACACUGGGGCAUCUUCAGGCACCAGCUAAUCACUCACAAUUUAAAUGAAGAGUUGACAGAGCACGCCUAUGUCAAUGUGUUGACUCGAGGUGACCUCUCUUCUCUGCGCUGGAUUGCCUCCCCACUUCGCCACUUUGUGAGCAGCAACCCCAACGUCAAGCUGUGUCGUGUCUUCUACAGCUCUCUCAACUUCAGAGAUAUAAUGCUGGCCACUGGCAAACUGCCACCAGACGCAAUCCCAGGUGACCUAGCUCUGCAGCAGUGCAUGUUGGGUAUGGAGUUUUCUGGUCGUGACCCCACCGGUCAGCGAGUGAUGGGACUGCUGCCUGCUAAAGGCCUGGCAACAAGUGUGGAUGCUGACAAACGGUUCCUCUGGAAAGUUCCCCACAGCUGGACACUGGAGCAGGCAGCCUCAGUGCCAGUGGUCUACGCUACAGCCUACUACUCUCUGGUGGUGCGCGGCAGGCUCCGUCCCAGAGAGACGGUUCUCAUCCACUCAGGUUCAGGGGGUGUCGGCCAGGCUGCCAUCGCCAUAGCACUCAGCAAGAAAUGUAAAGUCUUCACUACAGUGGGCUCAGCGGAGAAGCGGGCCUACCUACAGGAGAGGUUCCCUCAGCUCUCAGCAGAGUCCUUCGCUAACUCCAGAGACACCUCAUUUGAACAGCAUGUCCUGUUCCACACAAAGGGCAAAGGUGUGGAUGUGGUGCUGAACUCUCUGGCUGAGGAGAAGUUGCAGGCUAGCAUUCGCUGCCUAGCCAGACAUGGACGAUUCCUGGAAAUCGGCAAAUACGACCUGUCCAACAACUCCCCACUGGGCAUGGCUCUGUUCCUGAAGAAUGUGGCAUUCCAUGGCAUCCUGUUGGACGCUCUCUUUGAAGUGGGCAACCAGGAGUGGGAGGAAGUGUCCCAGCUACUGAAGGAAGGCAUUAUGGGAGGUGUGGUUCAGCCUCUAAGGACCACAGUGUUCGAGAGGGACCAAGUGGAGGAAGCAUUCAGAUACAUGGCUCAGGGCAAGCACAUUGGCAAGGUCCUCCUGCAGGUCUGUCAUGAGGAGAGGGAUUCAGCAGUCCAAACUGCCUCUGCCCCUUUGUCUUUUCCAGCUAUCUGUCGCACCUUCUGUCUCCCCUCCCACUCUUACAUCAUCACUGGUGGACUGGGGGGCUUUGGUCUGGAACUUGCUCAGUGGCUGACAGAGAGAGGAGCCCGCAAACUGGUGCUGACCUCCAGAUCAGGCAUUAGAAAUGGUUACCAGGCGAAGCGAGUGCGUGAAUGGCAGAGUCAGGGUGUGGAGGUACUGGUGUCGACCAAUGACGUCAGCACACUGGAGGGAACGGAGCAUCUCCUCACCGAAGCUUCUGCAUUGGGCCCAGUGGAUGGUGUCUUCCACCUAGCCAUGGUGCUGAAGGACGGCAUGUUGGAGAAUCUGACUCCUCAGCUCUUCCUUGAUGUUAACAAACCUAAAUAUGAUGGCACCAUACACCUGGACAAAGUGACAAGAAAGAUGUGUCCAGACCUCAGCCACUUCGUGGCCUUCUCCUCAGUCAGCUGCGGCCGUGGCAAUGCUGGCCAGAGUAAUUACGGGUAUGCCAACUCAGCCAUGGAGCGUGUAUGUGAAAAACGCCGCUACAAUGGCUUACCUGGAUUGGCAGUCCAGUGGGGUGCCAUUGGCGAUGUAGGCGUGGUGCUGGAGACCAUGGGUGGCAAUGAUGCAGUGAUUGGUGGCACCCUACCACAGCGCAUCACAUCCUGCCUGGAGGUGCUUGACCUCUUCCUGUGCCAGCAGCGGCCAGUGAUGUCCAGCUUUGUACUGGCAGAGAGGACAACAGUAAAGAGCGAGGCAGGAAGCCAGAGAGACUUGGUGGACGCUGUAGCUCACAUUCUUGGCGUGCGAGAUGUAAAUAGCCUGAACCCUGAUACUUCCUUGGCUGACCUGGGCCUGGACUCCUUGAUGGGUGUGGAGGUUCGCCAGACUCUGGAGCGUGACUAUGACAUCGCCAUGGCCAUGAGGGAGAUCCGCCAGAUCACCAUCAAUAAGUUGCGAGAGCUGGCCAACAGCAAGCCAGAAUCUCUGCAUACUAUGGCCAAGAGGGAUGCUGUUCAGUCUUUGUUGGAGUCUGAUCUGUCUCAGAUGUUAGUAAACCCUAACGGCCCCACAGUGACACCACUCAACAGGGUUCAGAGCCAGGAGAGGCCACUGUUCCUGGUCCAUCCCAUUGAGGGCUCCACUGCUGCCUUUAAGACGCUCGCUCUCAAACUCAGCAUGCCUUGCUACGGCCUGCAGUGCACAGAAGCUGCUCCUCUGGACAGCAUCCAGUCCCUGGCAGCCUACUAUGUGAAGUGUAUCAGACAGGUUCAGCCAGACGGGCCCUAUCGAAUUGCUGGAUAUUCCUUUGGUGCCUGUGUGGCAUUUGAAAUGUGUUCUCAGCUACAGACCCAGAAUUUGCCUGUGGAAUACCUCUUUCUGUUCGAUGGAUCACACUCCUAUGUGGCAGCGUAUACACAGAGCUACAGGGCCAAGUUGACACCAGGCAAGGAGUCUGAGGCUGAAACUGAAGCCCUGUGUGCCUUCAUCCAGCAGUUCACUGGCAUCGCGUACAACAAGCUUGUGGAGACUCUUCUCCCACUGUCAGACCUGGGAGCCCGUGUCAACACUGCAGUGGACCUUAUCACCUCCAGCCACAAGAACAUCAGCCGAGACUCACUGCACUUUGCGGCCAUCACCUUUUACUACAAGCUGAAGGCUGCUGAUGGCUAUGUGCCUGCGACAAAAUACCAUGGCAAAGUGACGCUACUGCGUGCCAAAACCAGCAGUGAAUAUGAACAAAACCUGGGAGCUGACUACAAGCUCAGCGAGGUAUGUGAUGGCAAGGUAUCAGUCCACAUGAUUGAGGGAGACCACCGCACCUUCCUGCAAGGAGAGGGGGUGGAGUCCAUCAGCAGCAUCAUCCACAGCUCACUGGCUGAGCCGCGGGUCACAGUGAGGGAGGGUUAGGCAUGUCCUGCCCAACCACACCCUCCACCUCCACACUAUUUCCACAACAUUCCUAGAAUCUGUCUUUGUCCAACUUUGUUUUAUAGAGUGAGAAUACUCCACAGCAUGUUAACGCUCUGUGCCAUUUUGAUCGAAUAUCCCAUAUGCACCUUUUCAGAACUCAUUGGUCAAUUCAAGCACUGGACACUCUCCCUAACCUAUCUGAGCUCUUAGCUGGUAUCUUCCUGUUUGAUAAAUAAAAUGUGCUGUCAGUGUGUACAGUAAGUUAUGUCUCACCAUGUUUCAGUCAGCCUUUUUUGGAUUGUAUAAAGGAUACCAAUUUUAUCAAUCAACAUUCACAUACGUAUAGUGGAUGACUAUUAAUUAUUGGCAAUUUAUAAAACACAACAUUUUUAAGUAUUUGAGCGUUUUUUACAGAACAGUCCAAGAAAAUUAGGUUUUUGCAGGGCUGGACCUGGACAGUAAAAUCAGCCCAGGCAUUUUGGCCCAGACGGACCUAAAACAAUCUAUGAUGCAAAUGUGAGCUCACACAUAUGCAAGUCAGUCAUAUUAUUCAAAGGCACAGAUUUUUUUCAUUAUUUGGAGGACACAUAUUAAGUGGUGGUGUCUCGGUGCCUCCAACCAAAAUUUUGAGCAUCAAAGACUGCACCAAUUCGUGCCUUUUCUGCAAUUUAUGGUUAAUACAUUAUAUAUAUAUAUAUCUUGUGAUCUCUAAAACAUGGUCAUGGUGGUUUUGACAGGACAUGGUGAAAACAUACUUUCAAAUUCAGUGUAUUGAAAAGGGAUUUUUUUUUUAUUUUGAAGUGUAAAUAAUUAUCGAUGCCCCUAAAACACCCUCAUGCCCUGAUACUAAUAAAACAUAAUCAUAAAUGUUCGUAACCAAUGUUAUUUUUAUCUGAAAUAAGACCCCACUAAUAAGCAAACAAGUGUAUGUAGAUAUCUGAUAAGGUCAAAGGGUCUGUCUUGGCAAAUUUUUCCCAGCUGACAAACUUGUUAAUGCCAACACAUUGUUGAGUUUAUUGGUUGCUUUGCCCCUUACUAACAAAUGAUUGACUUCUGUGUGAACACAGGGUGUUAUUCUGAGGGUGAAAACUAGUGACAGUUACAGUAUUUUUGAUAGACCCAUGGUGAUGCACUGAGUAGGUUUGGUAGGAAAAUGUCUCACUAAGUGUCGCAUCCUCUCUCAAAUCAGCUGUUAGGUUGUGAAUGACUACUAACUGAUUUGGACAGCAGAAUCCUCUGUCCUGGAUCUCUGCUGAAAGGCUGUGUCCUCGCAGAGCUGUCUGACUCCCAUCACCCUCACUUAGUUUCAUGAUACCCAGUCGAGCAAUCCACUCCCACUAUAGAAUAGCAUAUAGCAGCCAACCUGAUCUCUGAGACCUCUGAUCUGGUCAGUGAAGGGUCAGGUGACUUGAGGCAAUUGUGGUGACUGAUUGCAGUGAAAAGGAAGUGACAGUCUAUGUUAAUGUCUUACAUUGUAAUAUUCCCGGUAUGUAUUGUUAUGACUAAUAAAGGCCUCUCACUGAUCACU